AGGCGGUGGUUGGAGCCGUCCCGUCCCGUCCUGAUGGCGUUCCUGUUCAGGAGAGGCCGCAGGGGCCCCUUCAAACACAUAGCUCAUGGCCUGGUCCCUGCUGCUACCAUAGCUCCUAAACCUGCAGUUCCCCGCACCCCUCCCCCUCGUAGUCCAAACCCUUCUCCAGAAAGGCCCAGGUCUGCUCUAGCAGCAGCAAUCCUUGCAACAACACUAACAGGGCGCACUGUUGCUAUUCCUCAGCCUCGGCAGAGAUCCCUCUCUGAAGGUGAUUCCACCUUCUUGGAGCAAGAAUGUUUGGAGCCAUAUGCAACAGUCACAGAGCUUGGAAUAGGAUCUAACUGGAACCUCGAUGGUUGUGACAGAUCUCCUCUACAGUCCCUGGAAAUAUCAGGCAAUGAUGGUGAAGAUGAGGACAUGGACACAUAUCUUUCAGAUGCUGAUAAAGAGGCAGAGUCCAGCUGCCAGAGUAAUGAGAAAAGGGAAGGAAGCUCUAGCACCAAUGCUAUUUAUUCUGUUCCCUGCAAAACUAAAAAGGAAGAGUUUCCACCAUCUCCUAUUCCUAAUGCUGACAAGAAAGAGGUUUCUUCCCAUGAAGCUGAAUGUCAGGUGCUAGUGGAUAAGUCAAGUGUACAAAUAGAAGAAGACCAAAAUCUGGGCUCGAAUUUAAAGGAGGAAAAAUCAGUAGCUGAAAAUCUGGUACAUGACAAACCUCCACCAUCCCCAGACGUGUCUGCUCGGGCAAGGCAAGUAUGGGAAAAUAUAAGCAAAGAAAAGUUCAGAGAACUAAAACAAGAAAAUUGGACUCUGAAAAAGGCAUACCAAGCUGUGGUCCAGCAAUUUGAGGGAACAAAACAGCUCAUAAAAGAACAGGAAUUAAAGUUGAAGAUGCUAGAAGAAGAAAACAAAAGACUUAAAGAAGCUGCAGAGAACUCACAUAGAGAAGGAGAGGCAACAGAAUUACUUUCUCUCAGACAACAAGCACAAGAGCUGGUAGAUGAAAAUGAUGCUUUGAAAACAGUGGUCCAUCGUUUAAAUGUGGAAUUAAGUCGUUAUCAGACUAAAUUCAGGUCAUUGUCCCAAGAAGAGAAUGCAAAGCUGAAAAGCUUACCCAUGGAAGGACCACAACCACCAUGGCUGUUGGAUAUGAAGUAUUUGUCACCUCUUCUGUUGGCAUAUGAAGAUAGAAUAAGAGAAAAGGAAGAUUUUAUUCUUGAACAUGAGGAGGAUAUGAAGAAUUUUAAAGCACAAGUUGAAGAGUUGGUGAAGGAGAAUGAAGAUUUGCAUGGGCAAUUAAAUAACUUCAUUAGUCCUACAGAAUGGCAGCUGCUGCAAACUCAGGCCAAGCUUGUCUUGGAAGAAAACGCAGUGUUGAUGGAGCAACUCAAAAUUCAACAGGCUAAAGCAAAAGAUAGUCACAGACAGCAUGUUCAAGAAGCUUCAAAAUUGACCAAACAAAUAGUAAUCUUAGAAGAUAAGAACAAGAGUCAAGAGGAAGAAAUAGCAGAGUACCAGAAGCAGCUGGAAGCUUUGUGUUCUACAUGUGAAGAGCUGAAAGCCAAAGUGGACAGCAGAAUACCAGAAAAGGAGCACUUGGCUGUGGUGAAUGAUUUAAAAAGCUGUUUACAGCAGGAGCAGGAGAAAAAGCUCUCUGAGGUGGAAGCUGUAAUGGGAAAAAUAACAUCACUGCAAAGUGAAAACAAGAAACUGCUCUUAGAGAAAAAUAACUUCAUGGCUGACAGGAAGAUCCUGGAAACUGAGAUGCAGUUGACUCAAAAGACAAACAGACGAUUAAAGAAGAAAAUUGGUCUUUUGCAAGUGCAGCUGGAGGAAGCAAUGGAAAAAGAAGUUGCAGCCCAUCACUAUCUAGCAAACCUUAUUGGGCUGGUGGAGAAGAUAGCUAAGGAACGUGACCAUCUUGUAUUUUUGGCCAGAUGUUUGGAAAAUGAGAAUCAGGGUGUUCUCAAGAAAAUUAUAGAAGGCAGCCUGCGCUUAGGAAGAUUGGAAGAAAAAGUAAAGGUAUAUAAAAAGAAAGCAGCUGGGAAGCUUGGAGAUAUCCACCUCAAGAUGAGUGAGCAGGAGAAGGAAUUUGAAAGGAAGACUGCUCAGUAUGAGCAAGAAAAGAAGCACCUGCAGCAACUGCUGCAAGACAAACAGGAAACCCUCAAGGAGGUGCUGGAGCAAAACAGGAAAACAGAAGGGGAACUUGAAAUCAUGUGGCAAUCCACAGCCAAAGAAAACAAGAGAAUGAGAGAACUCUUACAGAAAUCCCUGAGGAAGAACACAUGGAGUGCUGUCACAGUUCAUGAACCACUCUCUCAGAAGGACCUAGUGUAUGGACAUGAUUUUAGCUAUUGUGAUGUGAAAACUUCAUCCCCUACUGAAAAUGAAAUUCAGCAGCAAUGUCAGUGAUAAGAAUCUUAUCUCAUCCAAGAAAGAAAACUUGGUGCCUGAAUUUGACUUUCCAGCAGCACAAGCUGUAAUGGAAUGUUUGCUGUCUUCAAUAUUAGUGUAUUUUUAAGGUCAUAGAAAUGACAACUGCAUAUUUUCUACUUGUUCUGUUAAUAAUGUAAAUCUAGCCUAAAAUACAACUUUGCUAGUUGAAGAAAAGGCUGUUCAUUCUCAAGACAAAAUGUAGUGCAACUUUAAGUUAACAUCUUGGUGUUCAGCACAGAUACACCAUGCCACAAAACAAGUGAGCAGCAAGACAGUGCUAGUUAAAAUUAAAAUGACAAGUUUCAGUGAAUUCUCCCUAAAUUGCCAGGUGGAGUAUGGUCCAAGCUGAAAAGAAAGUGUGGCUUGUACUUUCUCUCAUGAGGAAGCAUCUUGACUUUCUAAGAUGCAAGGAUGUCCUUAUACCAGAUGGUAUACUUCAUUGAUUCAUUUUCAUAAGAAAACACAAAUGGUACCAAGAAAACUGUAACAAUACAAAAACCGUGUAACUAUCAUAGUUGUGUAGUAUUGGAAAUAAGGAAGAAUUUCAUUAUUUCUAAUACUACAUGAAAUAUUUCAUUAUUUCAUUAAUUCUAAUUAUUUCAUUAUUGGCUUUGAUCAAAGUUAACAAAAAGAGCAGAAAACCAAGUUAAAAUACUAAAAGAAAUUCAUAAUGUUUGUGUCUAGAAAGGUUUCUGCAGCGUUUUCCUACAGGGUGAGGAGGAAUGGCUUUAUUCAGGAGAGGGUGGGGACAGCACUUCUAUCACACCAUGAUGGUCAGGGACAGUACAGCUUUCAAAGGCAGAUUCUGCAGCACAGUGCAAAGCUAAAAAAUCUACAGAUCAGAGCACUGGCAGAACCUCAGUGCACUCAGACUACAUUUCCCUGAUUAUGGGAAACCACCAAAGUAGCUCAGUAAUACAUAUGCAAGCAGGAUUUUAGGAUGUACUUUAAUUCCUUCCCUUCAAGUGCAGCAGCCUUAUCAGUUCAUCAAGAUACAACUUCAGCAUGUCAGAGUCUUUAAGACACUGAUUAACAGAGCUAUUCUCAACAGCACACUAUCUUUUGGUCUCUGCCCAGAGAUUUAACAAGAGCUACACCUUUGAAUCCUUUCAUUCUCCUGGGUUUUUCAACUUGAUUAUUCUAAGACUCCAUACCUCAACAUAACAACCAGAAACUCUUUUUAAGUACAGUCUGAAAUAACUUUAUUAAUAUGUGAAAUUUUCAUGGGGGUGGUCUAUCACUACACCAGUCCUGUCCCCUAUGUUCCUUGAAAUUGAAAAAAAAAAACUCUAAUUUGAAAUGUCAGGUCUGAAAUCCCUCUUCAGGUAAGUUAGACAGGCACCCACACUCCUCUGGUUUCCACACAAGCUCCAAUCUGCAGGUGUGCAGGCUCUGGAAGAGCAGGGAACACGGCCAUACCCUCAGCUUUUCACCUUUUAAAGGCAGGUUUGGAAAAUGAAGCCUUUCAUGCCAUAUUUUUUAAUAUAAGCAUCUCUUAAUAUGCAAAUACAAUCUCAGAACUGAUUUAAUAUUUACAAUAUUACCCUCAUCUGUUUUUAAUUGCCCUAUUGAGUAUGUUUUAAGAGCUUGUAAAAAUUUCACAAGGAAAAGGUAUUGUAUUGGUAAUUCUUAGAAACAGAAGCAAGAUUUCCAAAACUCUCCAUGUUGGUCUGUUUUUCUACUAAAGUGACUUGGGAAUGUCUUAGAGCUGCACUUUUGCCACACCUGCUGCCCAUUUUCACAGCUCUUGUUUUAGAGUAGGUUUUAAUACAUGGUUCAAAGGGCAGCACCCUGACAGUGACACUCCUAAGGCCUUGUUCAGAAUUGCUACACUUAAUUUGCCAUUUGCACAUCAUUAAAAUAUGACUUUUAAAUGAAUAACAUUGUUAAACUUGAAAUGAACUAACAUUUAAUCAGAUUCUCCAUACUCAAUUUUCACAGGAAGAGAACUGAGUAAAAGUUAUAUCCCAUGCAUGAAAAAGUCCUUCUGUGGCUCAGGAACAAUUUUCUGGCAUAACAAAAAUCCUGUUACAGGCUAUAUUAAAUACUUAUGAACAUAUUUUAAAUACAUAUGAACCCACUUGACAUACUUGGAGAGUAAAAUACUGGAAUUGUUUCAGAUCAGCAAAAGUAAACCCAUUUGCAAAUGUGCCAAGUGUUGUACAAACAGAAUUAUGAUUAGACAGGUGCUUCCCUCCAGUUCCUUCCAAGCUGAUUCUCUUUUUUAUUAACAGCUGAAAGAAAUUAUUUCAUUUUAGUCUAGUACAGUAACUCUACCUAUGCCAAUUUAUCCUUUUUCCCACUUGACAAUAUAAAGUUGCUAUUUUCCCCUGAAAAUGCUGACAGAGCAUCCUGACUUUGUUAUAUUGCUCCUGCCUUCCAGUUACAGAACCUUCCAGAUCUUCCAGUUGGUAAACUGAAACCAUGAAGUAGUUUCAGCUUCUUUCCCAAGACAACAUAAAAACAUUCUUCCAUUCCUACCAAGAAAAGGAGAAAAUUCUGGAUUUGUGGAACUGUAGUCACAGUCAAGUUUCAUUGAUGAAUUUACACAGCAUAUUUUGUCCAUAAUAAAUAAACAUAAUUUUGCCAUA